AUGCGCCCAAGCAGCAUGGCUCUGCCAACAGCAGCAGCAGCACCACCACCACCACCGUCCUCAGGACUCAUAGCACUCUCCUCGAGACGCCUCCUCUCCAUCUCAGGCCCCGACGCGCCCAAGUUCCUCCAGGGCGUCAUCACGCAAAACAUCCUCGCCCCACAAGCCGGCAGCGCCAGCACGGCCCACAAGAUCCGCACGGACGGCUUCUACGGCGCCUUUCUGACCGCCACAGGCCGCGUGCUGUACGACGUCUUCAUCUACCCAGACACCCGCAGCAGCCUGAACCCUACUGCCACAACGACCACCGCCACCGCCGCCGCGCCAGGCGAGAGCUUCUUGGUCGAGGUCGACGCCGACGAGGCCGCCCGCCUGGAGCGGCACAUCAAGCGGUACAAGCUGCGGGCCAAGUUCACGGUGCGCCUGCUGGACCGCCAGGAGGCGACGGUGUGGCACGCCUGGGACGAGGACGGGCGCGCGGCGCUGGACGCGACGGCGGGCCAAGGAGUGGAGGAUUAUCACCGGCUCGUGCACAUGCGCGACCCGCGCGCGCCGGGGCUCGGGUGGCGCAUGGUGAAGGCCGGGGACCGGGAGCCGCUGGUGGACCUGGCGCGGGUGGCCGCGGGCGGGGACAAGGAGGAGGAGGAUGUGUACCGCGUGCGCCGCUAUCUGCUGGGCGUGCCCGAGGGCCAGAAGGAGCUGCUGCGGGAGACGGCGCUGCCGCUCGAGGGGAACCUGGACGUCAUGGGCGGCAUCGACUUCCGGAAGGGCUGCUAUGUGGGCCAGGAGCUGACCAUCCGGACCAAGCACAGGGGCGUGGUGCGGAAGCGGGUGCUGCCCGUCGUGGUGUACGGCGCGGAGGAGGAAGAAGAAGAAGAGGAAGAAGAAGAAGCAGCCCCGCAGGCGCUCGAGUACAGGGCUGGUGGGCCCGUGGACGCGUCCUCCAUCCCCGUGGACACGAGCAUCGGCCGGCUGGAGAAGAAGGGCCGCAGCGCUGGCAAGUGGCUGCGCGGUGUGGGCAAUGUCGGGCUGGCGCUGUGUCGCCUGGAGAUCAUGACGGAUGUGGUCCUGCCGGGCGAGACGGCCGCUGCGAGCUACAACCCUGCUGGCGAGUUUGUGAUGGAGACGCAGCCUGGGGAGGAUGGCGAGGGUGGGGCCUCCAAGGUCAAGAUCAAGGCUUUUGUGCCCGACUGGUUGAGGCAGAGGCUGGACGAGCAGAACAGUGGACAUGGCCAACCAUGACGUGUAUCUUAUACUGGUUGAUUUUGUAUAGAUUCUGUAUGGGUAUCAUUCAUGAGAAGAGCAAAAGAACCGAAACCCCCCUGACCUGCCCUACCACUUAAGCUGCUGCCUGCGCCUCCUUGACACGGCUUUCCUUUGCUCUUUGGGCAGCAAGUAGCCUCGCCUUCGUCUUGGGCCACUGCGUGUCCCAGAAUCCGACUGGAUCGUCCGACAUUUGCAUGUCCACCGCUGGAAUGGGCGCCGCCUUUUGCUCAGCCAUUGACUUUGGUCGAGAUGCAGGCACAGCAGCAGCAGGCCGCUGUUGUUGUUGUUGCUGCUCAGAUAGCAUGUCAACAUCACCAUCCUCGCCCACAACAACAGCCACACCGCUCUCUCUCCCCUUCUUCCUGGCCCUCUUCUCCACCUUGCGCCUGG